AUGUUAAUAUCACGUAUUAUCUCAUUUGGGUUAUUGAAAAACCAACAUCAUAGUAUAAUAGCAUGUACCCGAUGUUUUCUAUCGAGUCUCUCUCAUGUCUCAUUAUCAAAUAAUGAUAACAAUAGCAAACAAUCAAUAUCAUCUACGAAACAAACUGAUGAUAAUAAUGAAUGGCUAUGGGCGUAUUUACGUGAUCGAAAAAGCUUUAUGGAUCUUAGUGAAGAACAUAGACGACGUGUUGUUGAAAUUGAAGUACAAACUUUGAGAGAAAGUGGUGAUCGUAUACCAGAAGUUAUACCUGAAGAACGAUGGGAUGAAUUACUUAAUUUACCAACAAUAGAAUCUCGAAAAACACUUUAUGGAUAUCUUUUUCUUCGUGAACUCUAUCGUAAACGUCGUUCCGCUGUAGUUGCUACAAAUGAUAUUCGUCGUGCUGAAUCAUCAAAACGUCGUCAAACACUUCUUGCUGAAGGAAAACCACCAACGAAUUAUCCCGGUUAUUCAUCCAUAUUUCGUCAUUUAGGUCGACAACAUGAAAAAUUAGUACGUGAACAAUUAUUACUUGCACCAGCAAGACUUGGUGAAAUGCUUGUUAUUGAUUGUGGUUUUGAACAAGAUCAUGCAAAACAACAUUAUCUAUCAAAUUUAAUUGAUCAAAUACAAUAUUUAUUUGCUGAUGUAACACGUUAUCAUUCACCAUCAUUUGUCUAUUUAUGUAAUUUAUCAUUACGUGGCCGUCUACGAACAGCAUUUGAACAGCGUGCUGCAUUAGAAAAUAUGUGUUUUGAAACUACAGAAUCCAGUUAUUUAGAUAUAUUUCCACGUGAAAAACUUAUUUAUUUAUCGCCAGAUUCAAAUAAUGAAAUGACAACAUUUGAUCAUGAUGCUGUUUAUAUUGUUGGCGGUAUUGCUGAUAUUACUGGUAAAAAGCCUUUAACAUUUGGUAAAGCAAAACGUGAAAAUAUCAGACAUCAACGAUUUCCAAUCGAUCGAUAUGUAAAAUUUGGCGGUGGUAGUGGAAAAUCUUUGACACUUGAUCAAGUAUACAAUAUUUUAAUGACAUUGAAACAUACUGGUUCUUGGGUUGAUGCAUUUAAAUAUAUACCAGAUCGAAAAGUUAUUGAACGAUACUCAGAAAGAACGGACAAUAAACGACAUGACCGUGAAAGUUUUGGUCCUAAAAUCGGUUUAAAUUCAUGA